AUUACGCUGUACAAAGAAAAUUGAGAAAAGACAAAAAAAAGAGCCAAUGAAAGAAAAUCCACAUAAGGCUUGGUGAUGCUGCUGUUUUCUUGAAAUAUGGCAUCAAUCAAUGAAAGGUUCGGAUUACCCAUAUUGCCCUCCUUCAAAACAGAACAGAAGCUGCUCUGUACUCUCUCAAUUACAGGUAUCUUCUCAUGCCUCUUUGGUUGAAGCUGUUCUGCACUCUCCUGCUCGCAUGUCAUGUCAAGUUAGGGUUCCUGUGUAAAACUUUCCCCUCUAUUGCAUCAUUUAGGGAUUUGGGUAUUUUCAUAAUUGGAAAAAAAGUUUCGGGUUAGGAUGAUUUUUUCCAUUCUCUAUUUUCAUGGUCUAGGGCUUUAAGAAAUAGUGGGGUGUUGGUUUGGCUCAGAAAUAAGUCUUGAAUUAGGUACUAGUUGUAGAAAUUGUUGCAAUUUGAUGAUGAGAGAAAUUGAGAAACAAGUCUGGAUCUUGACUUCGAGGGAAAACAAGUUUGAGAAAGAAAAAUAAAAGAUAAAUUUUGAGUCAAGUCUGGAAGUUCCCUUCAAUUAUUCACUUCUUAUCCUCACAGCAAAAAGUACAACAAUACCAAUGCUCCAUAUACUUGUGGUUCCUCUUCCUCUCCAAGGCCACAUAAACCCAAUGUUCCAAUUCUCAAAACGCUUAGCAUCCAAAGGUUUAAGGGUGACACUUGUCACCAUCUCCUCUGACACUCAUCAUGAGCCCAUAGAAACCCAAUUGAGCUUGGUCAAGAUUGAGUCAAUUUAUGCUGCAUCUGAAGAAGCAGACAAGAUUAAUGCAGAGAACAAGAUGCAGUGGCUCCAAAACAUUUUGUCAAAAAGAUUACCUGAGCUGAUUUCAAAGCAAGAGAGCAUUGGGUACCCAAUUAGCUGCAUUGUCUAUGACUCAGCCAUGACAUGGGCUCUGGACAUGGCCAAAGGGCUAGGCAUUGCUGGGGCUUCAUUUUUCACUCACUCUUGUGCUGUUGGAACUGUGUACUAUAAUGUGCACCAAGGGGUGCUUAGUGUUCCUCUUGAAGAGGGUCCAAUUUUACUACCUGGGUUGCCACUACUUGAGCCUCAUGACCUGCCCUCUUUCAUCAAUGAUCCAGGCUCCUACCCCUCCUUUUUAAAGUUGGUGGUUGGCAGGUUUUCAAAUAUCACUGAUGCUGAUUGGAUCUUCUGGAACAGUUUCGAUUGCUUGGAACAAGAGGUGGUGAGCUGGAUGAGAACAAGAUGGCCAAUCAAGACAAUAGGGCCAACCCUUCCAUCAAUGUACCUAGACAAAAGGUUAGAAGAUGACAGAGACUAUGGUUUCAACCUUUUCACGCCCAACAUUGACACUUGCAUCAAGUGGUUAGAAUCAAAAGAUACAGGCACAGUGGUGUAUGUAUCGUUUGGAAGCAUGGCUAACCUAGAAGAAAAGCAGAUGGAGGAGCUAGCAUUGGGCCUAAAAAGGAGCAAAACCAACUUCUUGUGGGUAGUCAGAGAAUCAGAAAUUCAAAAGCUUCCUAGCAAUUUCGAAGAGCAAACAUCAGAGAAGGGUUUGGUUGUGAAUUGGUGCCCUCAACUGCAAGUUUUGGCUCACAAGGCCGUUGGUUGCUUCAUGACACAUUGUGGGUGGAACUCUACACUUGAGGCAUUGAGCUCAGGGGUGCCAAUGGUGGCAAUGCCACAGUGGACUGACCAAUUGACAAAUGCUAAGUUUGUGGAAGAUGAAUGGAAAGUUGGAGUGAGGGUCAAGGUUGACCAAAUGGGAAUUGUCACUAAAGAAGAAAUAGAAAGAUGCAUAGCACAAGUCAUGGAAGGAGAGAGAGGGAAUGAGAUUAAAAGGAAUUCAAUGAGAUGGAGAGAAUUGGCUGAGGAGGCUGUGGCGGAAGGUGGAAGCUCUGAUAAGAACAUUGAGGAAUUUGUAGCAGCUCUCUUAUGUAAAUAAACUUAGGUUUGUGGGAGGAAGGAUUAAUGUUUAUGUUGUGAAACUAUCGACUUGAACUACACAUUUAAAUAAGAAUCUACUAUUUGAUUCCAUAUUAACAAUUUAUCUCAAAGUA